AUGUCGGAUCUCAAUCCCGGGUGGAGUGUGGUCGACAUCAGUGAUGCUGCAAAGGUGCUUCACACCCUAUUGAAGAAUUUAGAACCACACAAGGGUGCCAAACGGAGGCACAGGGAUGACCUCCAGUAUCUGCAACAUUAUCUACUCCCAAAACUUCUUCUGAUCCAAAACUAUGUCAAAGACGUCGGCGACAACAACGACCAUCCCCGCAAAGGAGGGUGGGAAGCCGAUCUGGGAGCUCUGGCACAGGCCUGGCAGAAGUUUGAAGACUACCUCUACAGUCGGUAUGGGCUGCUACUCGAAAGCCCCAGCCAUGACAGCGCGGAGGAUGAUGUUGCUUGGACCUGGGAUGAACUUUCAGAGAAAAUCCAAGAGAUCAAGCUAACAUCCAGGGAUGCUUUGGACGAUAUUGAUAGACUCAGUCUGCUCGAGAUAUGUGACCGAUUUGGCCUCGUCCUGCCGAAACUGGACACCAUGUUCGAGAAGAUCGAAAGCUACGGCCAAUGCGUGUCGACCUACCGGAAGGACGUCCAGGACGUGCUGUACACGAUCCGGUCCAACAAGCAGGACUUCAAGUCGCUGGAGAACCUGCUCCACGGGAGCAUGGCCGAGCUCGCACGGAAGAUCAGCGACAGCCAGAGCGAGACCGACGCCAUUAAGGCGCAACUGCACGCCACGUCGGAGAAGCUGGACCGCCUGCUCGCCCUGCUCGCCGAACAGCGCGGGAACUGUACCACCAAGACCGACAAGAAGUAUCUAGACCAGUUGCGGAAAGAGGUUCAGAAGCAAGCCGACUCCGUCGCGCGGCUGCGGGCUUCAGUCGACGAGACCAUGAGCACCAUGGCGGAAUUCUCGCACGCCCUGGAGAAGCUAAACGUCUGGAGGGGAGUUUCACAGUGUGCUUCUGGCGCGCUUAACGACUUGAACGACAUGCUGAGCAAGACCGUGUCGUCCCUUGAGAGACUUUGCGACAACCUUAAGCGACAGACGUCCCUCUUCACGUUCAAGGCGCUGUUCUGGCGACGGACGAAGCCGACUGAGGAGGUAACUUCCUCCGAACACGACGACGUUCCCAACAGCCCAUCGCCACCUGAGGAAUCCUCUCCAGACGCGACGGGUGCUGAGGAUAACGAGUCUGCAAAUUCCAGCACACUGCUCGAGUCUUCACCCCCGCCUCUGAGCCAGAACCACACUUCAUCUUCAUCAUCGUCAUCGCCACCAUCGUCCAUCGUCAUGGCACUGACCGCUCCACCCCACUCCCCCAUGAAGUCUGCAGGAUUCUCCAUCCAGGACCUGGCCACGCUGCUCGCGGCAUCACCCGAAGAAGCAGCCGAAGCGGCCGCCGCGGCGACCGCCAUCACCUGGGCCCUGUCGAACUCCCCACCUCCGCUGCCGCGCCGAUCUUCCGGCCGCAAGUCUUACCAGUACGUGCUGCACACCCUGCCGCAGCGCCAGAGCCAGCCCGUCUCCCUCCUGGCCGUUCCGGGGCAGGCGACUCCAGCAAGAGCAGCAGCAGCAUCAACAGCGAUGUUGUCGUCGCCACACCAUUCAUCGACGUCGUCGUGGUCAUCCAUGUCCCUGCCGCUGUCGUCGUCGGAACUCGACUCGCCGUGUCGGAUGUUUUCGAGGCCGAUGGCGUGGCCCUCGGCGCCGUCGUCCGUCUACGAGUCGUCGAUCCCAGAGCUCACCACCUCGUAUGCUGCUGAUGCUGACGCUGACGAUGAUGCUGGUGACAAUGCUGUCGUCAUAGCCGCAGAGCGGACCAAGCAGUCGUCGCUGUUCGACCUGUUAGAGCAGCGGUAUAGCCUGACGGUCGUGGCGACGCGCACUUAG